GAGAGAGAGAGAGAGAUAGGGAGAUAGAUAGAUAGAUAGAUUGGCUAAAAGGUAAAACUCAAGUCGACCUAGCCUUCGACUAGUCCGACUAACAAGGGUUUGUAAAGAUGAGUUAGUUUUGACUUCAAACUCGUACAAAACUAUCCAUCCGUGUUGAAAAAAUAAAACCCAAAAUUCAUUUCAGUCCAGCAUUAUGUAUUUUUUCCAAAAAUCUUUUAUCAAUCAAUUGUAUUGAAAUGCAUUGAAACUUGGAAAAAAAGUCUGUAAUGUUUAGUAUAUCAGUUUGUUUCUUUAUAAAUCAAUAAUUUCCCGACAAGGCAACGUUCUUGUUUUGAUUAAGCAGAACCAACGCAAACGAAACCAUCGCCAGAGCCCUUCGACUAAAUAUGGUAUUUAUUAACCUGGCAGCUGCACUCUGCACAUGCCUAAUCGCACUAAUCGUUGUUGAGAACAAAGCAUGUAAAAAGUCAACCGAUUUUGAUCGACAUCCAGGCAUCAAGCUUCAAAGUAACAUGAUUAAAAAGAUAACGACAUCAGACUUGGUGAAUUGCGUGACUGAAUGUGUUAAAUCAAAGGGAUGCUUAUCCAUCAAUUCUCACAAUGCUCGCAACGCCAUACACUGUGAGAUUAACAAGUCAAACCGGUAUGGCAUGCAAGCAAACCUGAUUAAAACCAGUUUGGAUUGGGAGUAUUUGGAAAAGGUAUUCGACCAUCGUUUGCCCGAUGCUUGUUUUCAGAAAGAUGGUUGGUUUCGAAACAAGUCUGUUGCGUUUAAGUUUGUUAACGAGGCUGCGGGCGCUCUAGAAGCUCGACAGAGGUGUCAAAACAUGUCGACAGGCGCAGAUCUGGUUUCUUUUGUCGACAAAGAGGAGGAGCAGAUUUUUGACCAAUAUCUUGAAGGCGUUCGUCAGGGAGAUUAUGUUUGGAUUGGAUUCAACGACCGUACUAAAGAAGGAACCUUUGUUUGGUUUGAUGGAACGAAACCUAAGUACACAAACUGGUAUAAGGGAGAGCCAAACAAUUACGGGGGCAAUGAGCAUUGCACAAUUAAAUCGCAAAGAGGGGAUUUGAAAUGGCAUGACAACAACUGUUUUAGGCAACAUCCAUUUGCUUGCAAAGUGUUAUGCUCUUAAAUGAGAUACUUAUUUCAUUGAAUAUUCCAUUUGCUUGGAAAGUAUUGUGCAAAUAAAGAAAAAAAACUUACUGAAUAGACGUUAUCUGAAGGUAAAGCGAGCAUCCCUACCACACAUGAUCCAUGAAGAACCUAUUAAUUGGAGAAAAGAGAUACUUCUUAAUUAAGGAAUUAUAAACUGGUUUUAAUAAUUUGCGUUAAAUCAUUCGUUUGCGAACCCGGCGCUGUGAUAGUGUUAACAACACGUUAAAAAAAACUCGAGUAACAACAAGAAAACCAUUGCUGGUGGAGUAUCAAGUAGGCCUUCAUAAAUUAUAAAAAAAUAAACUCUACCCUUCAAUCGCAAUUAAAAUUACUGGAAGUUCAUUCUCUCUAUACAAUGACAAAUGUUUAUUUGGUACUGACUGACAAGAAAACAAAAGGACCAGUAUAAAAUAGCAUAACACAAGAGAUGUUACAAUAAGCAUCUGCGGCUAAUAAGCGGCUGUAAGUGGCACGGUUGCAGUUAUUGACAG